AAGAAAAAAACACAAAGGAAGAAGACAGCCUUCACGCUCCCUUCUUGUCUCGUCUGUUUCUCAGGGCAUCGUCAGGUGCUUUCUUCUGCUCUGUGGAGAAAAUGGGCUGUGCAACACCGUUUCCCACUCUCGAAAUCUAAAUGGGUUUCUUCUCCAAGGUGGGGACUAGGUUAAUUGGUUCCUGGUUUUAGCCACAAGCAUGCAAGCUCGACCAGUAAGCCGCUGGAGAUCUAUUGUAUCUCGUCGUAUACGAGGAAAGUCUGGUGACUAUUUCUGCUCGUUUCAAAAAGUGAAACCGGCGCCAUAUGGCCGAGGAAAUGCUCCUGUUUUUCUGAAUGUUUAUGACUUGACAGCGGUUAAUGAUUACUUCUACUGGUCGGGAAUCGGUGUUUUCCACUCUGGUGUUGAAGUUUAUGGCGUGGAAUAUGCUUUUGGAGCUCAUGAGUAUCCAUCAAGUGGCGUGUUUGAAGUUGAACCGAGACAGUGUCCUGGCUUUAAGUUCAGGAAGUCCAUACUUGUGGGGACAACAAGCUUGGAUCCUAUCCAGGUCAGAGAUUUCAUCGAGCGUCAAUCUGCAAGCUAUCAUGGUGAUAUGUAUCACUUGAUCGUUAAGAACUGCAAUCAUUUCUGUGAAGACAUGUGCUUCAAGCUCACUGGGAAGACUAUUCCGAGAUGGGUAAAUCGACUCGCAAGAAUAGGUUCAAUGUGCAACUGCAUACUCCCCGAGGCUUUCAAGGUUCCCUCGCUAUGCCACAACCCAAACUACCAAGGAGGCGAAAACGAGAGGAAGAAACUGAGGAGCGCUUUCGGUUGCUUGCCGUCGAUCUCGUUACACGAGAAGGAAGUCUCCAUGUCCUCGCUGUUUCUACAUUCUCUUUACAAAGGCUGCUUGCCUCCCUGGGAGUUAAAGGCGCCCAAAUCCAAAAGUCGCAUGUCUAAAGAAGGGUAAAAACGCGUGUCAUUUUUCUUUUGUCCCUUUGUUUCUAUUUAAUCUUUCAUUAGAUAGCCCGCCGUUCCAUCUAGCGAUUUUGUGAUGCUCGCCGUAGCAUAUGGCUUGGCUUGAGGGGGUAUGAGAUUCUCAUUUCAGAUUGUGACUUUGAUGUAAAAAUAGAGUGGCUUGUAUCAAUUUCUUUGAUGUUGCUGA